AUGGACCUAGAGCCAAGCCACGAGUCUCGGGCCUUCGAGAGGCUUAUUAGCACUCAGAAAGGGGCCAAUGACCUCCAAACUCGGGCGGGUUUCGAACACGCCAAUAUCACCCUGUCCCAUGAAUAUGCUCGACAGAACUCCCUAGCCAUAGCAUUCAAUGAGGUGGUCGAUCAGAGGUUAAUGGAUGUCAUGAGGAAGCUCUCCCAAGAUUGCGGAAGCACUAUUCUGGACGAAACAUGUCUUAGAAAACUGUCACCGUCGCCUGCAAAUCUCGAAGACACCAUCCUUGAGCCAGACAGACGGCUUAGCCUUUCUGAAGAAGAAUCAUCAUUGAACGUAUACUGGACUGACGGGCCUUUUGUCAACCAGAGGAAGCAAGAGAUUCCAAGCCCCUCAUUAGAGUUGCCAAUCCAAGCGGACGACACCUUUUUAACCAUAUCUAGUGAGGCAACUAGAAUCUCGCAGAAGAGGGAAGUGUGCUGGAGACGCAUGAUUUUGCCCCUGGCACCUCUUGACGAGGCACGGGAUGAGGGUAUCUCGUUUCCAGCCUGCGCGGAGCAGUUACGAAGCCGUCUUGAUAAGGAUUUAAGUUCGGAGAUGAUAGACCAUUUGUACGGUGCUGAAGCGCUCCAUAUCGAUGAUGCAUGUGGGGAUGAGUCGAAAGCACGCCUCCGAGAGGCCAGGGCGAUCUCUAGGUUGUUGCACCUUGAGGACUGGGUGCCCCAGCUAUCAAAGAAACCUUCUCUCACUCCUCCGCUUUUGGCACCCUCUCCAGACGUGAGGUUGUUCGUACCGGACAAUGACUCAUGCAAGAUUGAGUGUUGUUCUGAUCCAUUGAGCCUUAUCGACGAGGAUCUUGAGGCCGCCGAACAGUGUCUCUUGGGUGCCGAAGAGCAGAGGGAUAUGAGCUUGGAUGAUAGAGACGUGAGGCACCUUCUUGAAUGGCCACAAGAUGACCUUGUCCUCGAAGCUGUAGCGGGCGAGAUAUCCAAUCUCAAGGUGGAAGUCCCGUUGACAAUAGACAAGCGCGUUUCCUUUAGGGAACCAUCUUCUUUGCCAACCACUUUUGCUCUCGAGCGUGCUCCCGACCUCAAACAAGCCGUACGCACUAAGUCUGUCGCUGCUACCCUGAAUACAGAACACAUUACUACGUGCGACGAUAAGCUUAUACAAGAUUUGUGCGAGACUGGAAUCUUUGCUUCGAGAAGGGUUGAACAGGAGAAUCUUGAUGAAGGGAGAGGUCGAAGGAGGGUUCCGAUUCCAGUCUUGGACUUCAGCAUCUCACCCUACCAACACAAGGGCCUCACAGAGGUAAUGGAGGGGUUGAGUCAACACGAAAACAGAAGUUUAGCUCUCACAUCUUGGGCGUUUCUAAUAGGACAUAACCGGGAAAGGAUUCUACUAUGGAACCCAUUCGCGAAUGAUGUAUCUCAGCCAUCCUUUCAGGACGAUAUCUCGAUGGGCCAAGAAAGUGCAAAUGCCGCUAUCAUCUAUAAGGAUUUUGACUUGCUUUCGCACACUAUUGACGCUUAUAAGACUUCUCAUAUUACGAACGCCUCGUGGGACGACAUAGGGGAGAUAGGGUGUCUAGUGCAAUCAGCACAACAGUGCCCCUCGCUACGACCAAAUCUAAAUACCGCCCUCGGCUCCAAAAGGGGAUUAACUGGGGACAUAAUUUCUGAAAUUGCCUUUAAGCGAUUAAAGAAGGACGUUAUCGCCGAAUCAAGAGCGCGUAUAGAGGGCGGGAAGGUUCAAGGUAUUUUUCUUGACGAUGAGCCAGCGAUCGGGGGACUACUCGCAAGCUACCUACGAUGCAAUGCGCCCAACAAAGUGUUCAAAGGAGGAACCGCGACUGGGCCAGGAACUCUUGGAAGCAGGCAUGCUUAA